AUGGGAGACUGGUCCAUUCUUAGCCGCUUCCUAACGGAAGUCCAGAAUCAUUCCACAGUCAUCGGCAAGAUAUGGCUGACAAUGCUGCUCAUCUUCCGCAUCUUGCUCGUGGCCCUGGUGGGGGACGCUGUCUACAGCGACGAGCAGUCCAAGUUCACCUGCAACACCCUGCAGCCCGGAUGCAACAACGUCUGCUACGACACUUUUGCUCCGGUCUCACACUUGCGAUUUUGGGUCUUUCAGAUCGUUCUGGUCUCCACGCCCUCCAUCUUCUACAUUAUCUACGUCCUGCAAAAAAUCACCAAGAAUGAAAAGUUAGAGGACAGGAAGGUCGAAGUGGUGCUCGGGUCCUCGCCUUCGCUUGAAAGGGACAAACACGUGGGAGGAGAUCCAGAGAUGACACUGGAGGCCGGCAGUCCUUAUAACACAAGCUACAACAGCAAGGACUGGACCUCACAGGAAUGUGAGUUUGAGGAGAAGAGCCAGCUGGAGGAGGAUGCAAGAGAGGUAGGAAAGGACCCAACCCAGCUCUCCAGCCAAGUGCUACUUAUCUAUAUCAUACAUGUUUUUCUGCGCUCCAUCAUGGAGAUAAUCUUCCUCAUUGGGCAGUACUACCUUUUUGGAUUUGAAGUCCCAAACCUUUUCCGCUGUGAGACCUACCCCUGUCCAAACAGGACCGACUGCUUUGUGUCUCGAGCAACAGAGAAGACCAUCUUUCUCAACUUCAUGUUCAGUGUCAGCCUCGCCUGCUUCAUCUUGAACAUUGUGGAGCUGCAUUACCUGGGCUGGAUAUAUGUUUUCAGAGUGUUGUUCUCUGCGUGCUGCGAGCCAGGUGCAAACACCGGGCAGCAGAUGAAUUUGUACUCCGACAACAACCCACUGUUGCUUGAGCUCAAACAUUCGCUUUGUGGCAGGGUCGUCCUGCAGACCACCUCUUCCGUGUCACGGGACAAGGGCAGCGGUGUCCCAAACCAAGGCCCGGCCAUCUCUUUUGAGACGGACUCCACACUCGAGUGCACCUCAAAGAGAAAUCCAGAUGAAAAGGAACGUGGAAAGACUAGACUGCAAAAUGUGGCCAAAACAAGAAGAGGGAAAAAGUCUUGGCUGUAA